UACAGUAACAGUAGCUUUAAAAUCGUAAUAUCUCGUAAACGUUACAGCUAAAGUUCUCCGUCCUUUUCUUUUUCAGUGAUAGGGUUCACCGGGGUCACCAAUCAGAGAGGAUCGCCGAGUAGUCUGGGCGAGCAGUAAUAUGAGUCUGUAGUAAGCGAAAACACUUCGAUCGUGAACCGACUUUCUAUAAUAGUUUCCGUUAUACUUCCGAAAUAAUUCGUUCUGGAUUAGCCAAGUGUCUCGAAAGAAAAGAAAAAUUGCAACUGGUUCAAGGUCAUGGCCAUCGCUUUAUCUUCCUCAUCUUCAUCGUUCGAGCUGAUGGAUCUGUUUAGUUUAGCGAUUCCAACAAAUCUUGUUUUUGUCACAUUACUCGCAUUUAUUUCAUUGCCGUUCUUCCUUUUUCUUUAUCCUGCUUCGUCAUGGUCGAGAAAGUGUUGGAUUAAUUUCGUCAAGUGGAAGUAUCCUAAUUGUAUCGUCGUCGAGGAAAAUAAUAUUCGGAGUAUUUUGGAUCAGGGUAGAAAUCAUGGUAUAUAUACUCUGCUGGUUCAAGGUCGAUCAAUUGCUGAAGGUACGAGAAGUCAUCUGUUACAUUUGACAUCGAAAAAGAAAUUCUUGAGAUUAACUUUGACAACGAAAUGGGGUCUCUAUGUUUGGAAGGAUAACGAACAAUUUUCUGUGGACAAUCAUCUCCUAAAUUCACCAUGUUCAUUCCGAGGCAGGCCUCUCACCGAAUCCAAUAUACAGGAUUACGUGAGUGAUGUAACUUCAAAAUUUCUUCCGGCCGGUCGAUCUCCAUGGCAGGUAAACGUGAUAAAUUGUUUCUUUCGUGGCGAAGAGUAUCAAAUUUGUUUGGUUCGUGUCCAUCAUUUGCUACUUCGUUUGGAACAUCUAUCCCUCGCUGAUUUUCUACCUUUGAAAUAUUCAACCGAGAAUUGGGCUUGCGAGGAAAGUGAUUCACCAUUCACGAAUCUCUAUGUUGAACCUUCAGCAUUACCUCGACUUCAUCAAAAGCUUACAGAAAACUUUAGUAAUUAUUGGAACGAGUUUCUUUGCAAUAAUGACCCUAUUGAACGACCAGAAAUAAUGAAGAAACGAAUAGGAGUCUUCCAGUGUAUUAAAAUUGGCGUGAUCGUUUUGGUAGCUACUUCAAAGGAAUUGACUAGGCAAUACAGAAAAUCCGAAGGCCUCAGAUUCUUCGAUUUUUUCACAAUACUGCAACGAGAAGUCAAUAAGAGAAACUUUGGAGUCUUCAUAACAUUCUAUGCCGUUCUAAGAAUCUUUCAUCCAAUUGAUACCAUUUAUUCGAUCUUAGCCUGGUCAUGGUACCUAUUUAUCAUGUUAACUUUGAAGACACCUGUAUUGAUUUUUCGAGAAUUUCAAGCCCUGCAAUCGAAGUACAAACACUUCUAUCCGGACACUUUGAUUUCGAUGAUCUGGUGCUACCUGCCAUUAAUAAUCCAAGCUACGAUCGAAGUGUUCUCCAUUACAUGGAUCGCAAUAGGAGCUCCGAAGUUGAUAUUGGAGGAACUUUUCUUGAAGCAUCCUCAAGCCAAUCGAUUGCAAACGAUAUCACCCUGUGGUAGAAAAGUUGUGGCUUGGUCCGAAGAGGUCAGUUUGGAUGUAUUGAAAAAGAUUUCCAGUGUGACAGGAGCUACAGACGCUGAAAUCCUUUUAACAGCUAUCGUCGACUCUUUGAAGGAAUAUUUUAGGCAUUCUGGAGUUAGAAUUCCGGACGACGUUUUAACUACAGCAAAAUUCGUCAAUCAAAAAGCUAUCUUCUUGCAUAAUCAUGAAACUAGAGGUAUCGUUUGUUUGGCUCUACCAACGAGGACUCCACUUUUCGAGGACGAUCUACUUGAGAUUCUUCAGGUGAUACAAAGAAAUGUUCAAGAGACAAGAGCAAAGCAGAGUGCCAUUUAUGCCAUCACAGCAACUGAAACAUCACGUGGUCUGAUCUCUUCAUCCUUUCCUUCGAUACUUCUCAAAUUGAUACUCAAUCAAUUAUCGAGAAGAUAUUCGUUGUCUCUAACUCAUGUUGAUGGCAAUCUACAAGUAGAAGGUGUAGAUGCUGCAGUUUACUGGAGACCACCUCAAGGAAAUUGCAAUAUGUCGAUAACUCUGCACAGGUACGGUAAUGGAGUGCGUUUAGGUGUUAUGGGAGAUGCCUUGAUUGGUCCACAGCAUUCGAUCAUAACCAGGACGUUCCCCAAAAGUCUACAAAAUCUUUCUGCGAUCGUUGGUGUUCCAAAAACUCCAGUGUUAGAAAACCAGAGUCGUAGUCCAAGUCCACAUUCAGUUAGUCCAACUACAUCGCCUGGAUACUGAUAAAAUUAUUAUAUGUCUUAACUUUUGGAUCUCAAGGACAACGAAUUGUCUCUCGUCGUCCAUCUUGGAACAUUUAGAAGGAUAUAUUUAUCAUUCCAGGAUUUUUUUUACGUUCAGAAUCAAGACAAAGAAAAAGAGAAAGAUAUACAAUCAUAUGUACAACACACACACACACAUUAUAUAUAUAUCAUAUAUACAAUAUACAGAUAUAUAUAUACUCAUACAUACAUAUAUAUAAAUUAUAUGAUUUAUAAGUCUAAGAAAGACUUGACGUCAAAGUGAAAUCCUACUGAAAGGAGCUGACUCAAAUCUCGGCUAACUUAUCGAUUUCUUACUUCCCACUUAGUCUAUUCUUCCGUCCUUCGAGUGUGUAUCAGUCAACAUACAGAAAAAAUAUCUGUGUGAACAAUAUUAUUUCGUAUCACAUACAUACUUAAUAUGUAACAUUUGACUUUUAUGGAACAUGAUAUUUACAAUGUACUGAUUAUACGUUGGAAAAAUUUCUUGAUGUUAUUUAUAUUGAUAUAUAAGAGAUGUAAGAAGAAAGCAAAUUUACUUCGAAUUUUUCUUGAAUUAAUCUUUAUAAACAAGAUAAGUGAAUAUUAUUCGAGAAAUGAAGAUCGAUUGAACGACACUCAAUAAUUUUUUAUUGGACGGAUUCUCUUUUUUGAGAUAUUUUUCUUUUUACAAAAUUUAAGAUUUUAUAAAACUUUUUGAACCAUAGAUGCAAACAUUGUAAGUUGCUACUUGAUCAUUCUUGAUUCUUUUAUUAUGCUAUUAAGAACAAAAGCAUACGUUUAGAUAUUAUGUUUGUUUUGUCUCUUCAAGAUAAGAUAUACUCGCGAAGAGUGAAUAUCUUAUUGUCAGUCAACGUUCUCAUAAAUUUUAUCGAAAAUUGUCUACAUAUAUAUUCUAGAAAUCUGAAUUUUGAUAAGGAGAUGAGUUAGAACAAGGAAGAUCUCGUUAAUCGCGAAAUCAGCUUUAAUCAGUUUAGAAUACAAAUUGUUCUUUACAUUUUAACUGUAUUAUUUCUAAUUAAAUUGAAUAAAAUAAUCAUUUUAGAACUAA